UUCUGUGCCAACCCUUCUGUUACACACUCCGUCCACCUGGAGGCGGUGUGGAGCGCUGCUUUGCCAACUGCCCAUUAACACCACAGAAGAAGAAGAAGCUAAUCUGUUGUUAGCAAAUCGACAAUCAAUAAACAGAUAAACUAACACGGUACGGACAUGUCAGCCGAUACCAAGAUUGCCGAGCUGCUCACAGAGCUCCAUCAGCUCAUCAAACAGACCCAGGAGGAGAGGUCCCGCAGUGAACAUAAUCUGCUCAACAUUCAGAAGACACACGAGAGGAUGCAGACGGAAAACAAAACUUCCCCCUACUACCGGACCAAGCUGAGGGGGCUGUACACCACAGCCAAAGCAGAUGCCGAGGCAGAGUGUAGCAUUCUGCGUCAUGCUCUCGAUAAAAUUGCAGAGAUCAAGUCUUUGUUGGAGGAGAGGAGAAUAGCUGCUAAGAUGGCGGGAGUUUACAGCGACAGUGACCCCCCCAGGAAGACGAUGAGGCGAGGCGUCCUGAUGACGCUCCUCCAGCAGUCGGCCAUGACACUCCCUCUGUGGAUCGGCAAGCCGGGGGAGAGCCCCCCCCCUCUGUGCGGGGCGACUCCAGCCAGCAGCGACUACGUGGCCAAACAGGGCGACAAGGUGGCAGCGAGGGUGAAGGCCGUGGACGGAGACGAGCAGUGGAUCCUGGCUGAGGUGGUCAGCUACAACCACUCCACCAACAAAUAUGAAGUGGACGACAUCGACGAAGAAGGCAAAGAGAGACACACUCUGAGCAGACGGCGGAUCAUCCCUCUGCCUCAGUGGAAGGCCAACCCAGAGACGGACCCAGAGGCCCUGUUCAGUAAGGACCAGCUGGUGCUGGCCCUCUACCCCCAGACCACCUGCUUCUACCGGGCCCUCAUCCACACCCCGCCACACAGGCCUCAGGACGACUACUCGGUGCUGUUUGAGGACACUUCGUACGCCGACGGUUACUCCCCUCCGCUCAACGUGGCUCAGCGAUACGUGGUCGCCUGCAAAGAGAACAAGAAGAAGUGACCCCGAACAGAUCUUUUUAAUAAUUAACAUCUUUUAAAUGAGACUGUAGUCACCACCAAGACACAGAGAAGUGAAAUUAAGUACGCAGACCUGAACGUCUCAUGGGUAAAACGAAAUAUUAGCUGUGUCCCAAACCCACGCUGCAUACUGAUCUGAUCUGUAGCGUGUUCACACGGCAAAUAAAGUCCUGAAAAAUGCUCACGGUAUGGAGAGCAAACCACCCCUGAUUUCUGAGCGUGCUGGAAAUUUAGGAGCUGCUCACAUUUGGAAAAAAAAAUAAAACAAAUUGUGGUGAAACCUCAGAGAGUCACAUUUUGGGUGCCUUUCCACGGCGCAUGUAUUAUAUCAUUUCCUGUUGGUGCAAAAAGGCUUUGUAUGUUGAUUUCUUGUGUACUUACUGCAAAAACAGUAAACUCUAAAGAUCAGUAUAUACUUUGUGUUCAGUGUUGAGUCGGGACACAGCAGUUUGUGUCCUAAAAGGGAAGUUGGACAUUUUUCCCUCCGAGUUAAAACCUCGUCUUGGAGCAGCAUGUAGUGGCCAGUGGAGGAACUCUGGACGCUGAACGCUUCGGACUUCAGAGGCUCGGUUGUUCUGCCUCGAGGGGCCCUCUUUGACGGCCUUAAGUGUAUAUUUUUUUACAUGUCAAGUGUUAAUGAUUGUUGUGUGAAACAGAAACUUAAAGACGACGACACUGAACAAAUGUU